CCCUAAUCCGAUACCCUGUCGGAGCGUCGCUCGACCCCGACUCCCGAGUCCCUCGGCGCCGCUUUCCUUCUCCCGUACGUGUACCGUGGCGAACACCAGAGCGGCGGAGGGGCGGCGGGACGGCUGGCGGCAGCUCCCUUCCCUGCGGCCUGCGCAGCUGAGCCUCUAGCCUCUGCCCACCGGACGGCAGAAGCCGCCGGUAGCCAUCGGCCGGACAUGUCCAAGAAGCUCGGCAAGCUACCGCCGCCGGCGGCGGCGCAUGAGGAGGCGAGAGAAGAGCUGUUUGCUUCAUGCUCUUUUGCCGACCUCGGCCUCCACCCUACCCUCUGUGCCCACCUUCAAGAUAAGAUGAGUUUCGAAGCACCCACGCGAAUUCAAGCUCAGGCAAUUCCAGUCGCCAUUUCGGGACAGCACAUGCUAGUGAAGGCUGCAACUGGCACUGGGAAAACUCUCGCAUACCUUGCACCCAUUGUGCACCUUCUCCAGAUGAGGGAGCCUCGUGUGGAUAGAACUCAUGGAACCUUUGCAUUGGUACUUGUGCCAACACGAGAGCUAUGCUUACAGGUUUACGGGAUUGCACAGCAGCUGGUUCAUCGUUUUCACUGGAUUGUCCCUGGGUAUAUCAUGGGUGGGGAGAACAGAGCAAAAGAGAAAGCAAGACUGCGGAAAGGAAUAUCAAUUCUCAUUGCUACCCCUGGGCGCCUUCUUGACCAUUUACAGCAUACUGCUUCAUUUGUCUAUUCAAAUCUGCAGUGGAUAGUUUUUGAUGAAGCUGACAGCAUUCUUGAACUUGGUUUUGGAAAAGCAGUUGAGGAUAUUCUAGAGCACUUGGGUUCAAGGAAUGGCGCCCCUGGCCAAAUUAAAAGCAAAGGGGAGCAUAUCCGAAGGCAAAACCUUCUCUUAUCCGCAACUCUUAAUGAGAAGGUGAAUCGGUUGGCAAAAAUUAGUUUGAGAAACCCAGUGAUGAUCGGCCUUGAUGAUCAAAACAAGCCUUCGGGGAAAUCAAACAAUGUAGGGAACAAUCAUACUUCUCUAUUAUCUGAUGAUGAGGAGGAUGAAAUGAUGGGAAAGCAGAAUGAUUUAGUGGAACAUGCGGUUGAUGAUUUCAAGCUUCCUGCACAAUUGGUUCAAAGAUAUGUUAAAGUUUCAUGUGGUUCGAGGCUUGUGGUUCUUCUUACGAUUCUCAAAUCUCUAUUUGAAAGACAAGUCUCUCAGAAGGUUGUUGUUUUCUUCUCAACCUGUGACUCUGUAGAUUUCCACCAUACAGUACUCAGCCAGCUCAAGUGGAGCUCUGACCCACAUCUUGAUAUUGAUAAGAAGCAAAAUUUUCUUAGCUGUAAAGUGUUCCGUUUGCAUGGCAACAUGGAGCAAGAUGAUCGCAAGAAGUCAUUUUUGGGUUUUGGUUCUGAGAAAUCAGCAAUUCUUGUAUCUACCGAUAUUGCUGCUAGGGGCUUGGACUUUCCAAAAGUCAAGUACAUCAUACAAUACGAUUCUCCAGGAGAAGCUUCUGAAUACGUUCACAGGGUUGGAAGAACUGCAAGAAUUGGUGAAAAGGGUGAGGCUCUCCUCUUUCUGCAACCUAUUGAACUUGACUACUUGAAAGAUCUGGAGCUACACGGUGUAUCACUGACAGAAUACCCCUUUCAAAGGGUUUUGGAUAGUUUCCCUGUAAAUGGGCAGAAACCCCACAAAAGGAAGCUAAUAUCCUUAGACAUGCAUCCUUGGAUAAUGUCUCUGCAGAGAUCACUUGAGGCUUUUGUUGCAGCUGAGGAUGCAACAAAGAAGCUUGCCAGGGAUGCCUUCUGCUCCUGGGUUCGUGCCUACACUGCCCACCGAGGUGAACUGAAGAAAAUUUUCAUGGUGAAGAAGCUCCACCUGGGCCAUGUAGCGAGGAGCUUCGGGCUGAAGGAGCAGCCGUCGCUGGUUGGAAGGUCACAUCAGAUGCAGCUUAAGAAGAGGAAGAAAGAGCAGAAGCGUGAGCGGCCUGCCAAGAGGAGGAAGCUUCCCUCUAAGAAGUGAAGUUACACACCCGAAAUGCUGCAUCGCUUGACUUUGGAUCAUGAUGCGCGCCAAUUUUGGAACUAACAACCGUUGUGGGCUAUGCCUAGGGCUGUAACUCUGUAACUCUUGACAUGAGCUAUUUUGUUCGCGAGAUUACAUGUUUGGAUAUCGGUCUGAACGUAGGAACUAGCAACAAAUGUACUGUAAUGUGUGUUGAUAAUCAUCCAUUAGACCAUUACUAUUAUUUUAGUAUCCACCUGGGUUUUUCUUAA